AGCCAGGGGGGCUUAAAAGCGACCCCACUGUUCUCAGCGCUGCUCCCCGCGGGGUCCCCACCUCCCUUUGCCGGCUGCCGAGCUGGAGGAGCGGCGUUUCUGCGGCAUGGGAAGGCCGCGCCGGAGCAGGAGCUGCUGGGAAAAAUCUCUCUGUUUGGUUUUUAUGGGGCCAGGGCACCCUGCGGGGCCGGGGGACCCUCUGGAGCCCCCCGAGGCAUGAGCUCGGUGGAGGACCCGCUCCUCCCCGCGGCUGCCAGAGCAGUUCCCGAGCAGGGCGCCCCGGAAAAGCUCACCCAGCCGAGAGCCUUUCGGUGCGGUGCCGUCAGCAGCCACAUGACGUGCAGACCAGGAAGCGCCGGGAGCUCCCUCCUUCCUCGCUGCCGCAGCAUCCUCAUCCUCGCCGCGGCCUGGGGGUCUCCAGGAGGAUGGCAAGUCCCCAGCCCCCAGCCCGGCUGGGGCACCAGCUAGGAAAACAUAGUAAAAAUUGCUUUAUUUGAGCAGGCGCCCUCCGGCGCGGCAGCAGGGCUGUUGUUUGGGGUUUUUGUUUUGUUUUUUUUCUCGCUGCCUCUCCGGCCGUGCGGCGGGGCGGCGCGAUGUUCAGCCGCUCGGGGUACCAGGCUCUUCCCCUGGGGGACUUCGACCGCUUCCAGCAGUCCAGCAUCGGGCUCUAUGGUGCCCAGAAGGGCUUCUUCUCCUUCGGGGCCAAGCAGGACCCCCUGGGUCCGGCUGGGAACGGUGCAGAGUCCUCCCAGGGCUGGCUGUCCUGGAUCUGCCAUGGCAUCAUCACCUCCCUGGUCUUCCUGCUGAUGGUCGUCACCUUCCCCAUCUCCGGCUGGUUCGCCUUGAAGAUUGUGCCCACCUACGAGCGAAUGAUCAUUUUCCGCCUGGGUCGCAUCCGGGCACCGCAGGGACCCGGCGUGGUCCUGCUGCUGCCCUUCAUCGACCACUGGCAGCGCGUGGACCUGAGGACCAGGGCCUUCAACGUGCCCCCCUGCAAGCUGACCUCCAGGGACGGCGCGGUGAUCUCCAUGGGCGCCGACGUCCAGUUCCGUGUGUGGGACCCGGUGCUGUCCGUGCUGGUGGUGAAGGACCUCGUGGCGGCCACCCGCAUGACGGCGCAGAACGCCAUGACCAAGGCGCUGGGGAAGAAGAGCCUGCGGGAGAUCCACGCCGAGAGGCUGCGCAUCGGGGAGCAGCUGCUGGUGAGGAGAGCCCCGGCCCUGCUCGGCCCCGAGCGCGUG